CACACGCACACACACACACACACACACACACUCGUUUCAGCUUUCAUUUAGACUCCUACUGCCAAGCGGCACCUGCUCCUGUCACUAUCAAGAUGAAAUGUCUCACCACCAUUGCAACAAACCAACGACUAUGAGGAAAAUGGAAAGCAUGGGGCUUCUAAACUAAACCAGAAACAAACUCUUAGAAGAAUGAUGUCCAGCUCUGUGGAUACAGUUGGAAAUCAAAUAUCAACACCAGUUGAUACUCCGUCUGUGAAAGAACUAGAAAGAAUGUGUUUCUCUGGAAGAAGGACGGGGAAUCACGCGGAUGAAGUUUGGCCUAAUUUAUUCAUCGGGGACAUGUCCACCGCCAAUGACCGCUACAGCCUGUGGAAACUGGGGAUCACACACGUCCUGAACGCUGCCCACGGGAAGAUGCACUCCCAGGGGAGUCGUGAAUUUUACGGUUCAGCUGCGGAGUACUGCGGGGUUCCUGCCGACGACUCCCCAUCCUUUAAUCUUUCACACUAUUUUCACUCAUCCGCCGAUUAUAUUCACCAGGCGCUGAACUCACCCGGAGCUAGGGUCAUUGUCCACUGCGCUGUGGGGGUGAGCAGAUCAGCCUCCCUGGGUCUGGCCUACCUAAUGAUCCAUCACCAUUUCACACUGGUGGACGCCAUCCGGAAAGUCAUGGCAAGCAGGUGGAUUUGUCCCAACAGAGGAUUCCUCAAGCAGCUCAGGGCUCUGGACAUGCGCUUACGCAAGCGACAAUGAGGAUG